AUGCCAACCGCCAAAAGACAAAAGGGUGCGCGAAAGUCGGAAACCAACGAAGGCAGCUCGGCUCGUCCCGCAUCCACUGCCACAAACCAACGCGACGGAGAGUCUGAAUUCUCUCAGCUUGCCCAUCAACACUGGCUGAAGCCAUCCAAGCGGACCACCAAGGUCAAGAUCAAGAACGAUGUUCUCAAGAGCAUAUGGGAUUCGCUGGAGCGAGAUCAGUUCGCGCACAAGUCCUUACUAGAACUCGAAACUCUCCAGCUCCUCGAAAGUUAUCUUUGGCCAGGAUACACAGAAAACUCCUCACACCAUCAUGUUUUGCUCACAGUUUUUAUUGUGAAUACCAAGCGAAGGGAGCGACUCGACACAUGGACUCUGUUCGAGGACAGGCCCGCCGACUUCUCAAGCCUUUUUCGCCGUGUACUGUCCAUGAGUAUCGACCAGACGCUUGACAUAGCGAUAAGAACCCAAAUUCUCUGUUUUGUUAUCCAGGGAUUUCAAUCUCUGGAUUGCGGGAUUGUGCGGAAAGAAUGUGCUCCCCUUGUGUCAAUAUCAAUAUGGCACAACCUGGUGACCGAGGAGAAGCGUGAACAUCUUCUAGAUCAGGAUCUGCACUUGCACAAAGCGUGGAGGGCUGCUUUGAGAAGGUACGAGGCCGCAGACGAUGCCACAAAGGCCAGACUUCGUUUCGAGAGGUCUUGGCUUUACACGCUUGUGUUGGACUUCUAUGCUCUCUUAUACGGCAGCAACUCUACUCCAGAUGCCGUAAUCUACUGCGAGCGCUUCAUGGAGCUUCUUAUAGACCUUCAGAGCCAACUACCGACAAGACGCUAUGUCAACACACUGCUACAGGACCUUCAUAUCUGCACCGCCAUAAUUUUAUCUCCACUAUACAACGAUGAAGACAAUGGUCAUUUCCGCGACCUACAUGGGUUGUUUCAACACUUCACUUUCUUCAUAAUAAACGACUAUACGGGGGCGCAACUGAGCUCAACUGAAGCCUAUGACCGCAAGUGUGCAGAGCUUGCCAAGCUGCAGCGCAUAGCAUUCCAGCACUUCAGGGAGAAACUGUUGGUUCUAGCGCUCUCAAACUAUGGCUCUAUCGGGGACAGGGGAGAACUUGUAACCCUCUUGGAGCCACUGACAGACGAUGAGGUGUCCAGGCUGGCUUCUCUGCUGCUUCUGCGUACGUCAUUUCCAGAUGCAGCCAAACUGCCAGUUGACCGCAAAUUCUUAAUCGAGGUCCUACUGUCUGCGUUCGAGAAGAGGCAAACCUUCCGGGAUGUGAUUCGUGACAUGAACAUCAUGCCCACGGAACAGACGCUGUUCGAGAGUAGUCUAUUACGCACCGACAGUUAUAAUGGAUCUCAACCGCUUGCUUUGCCAAAACUCAAUCUCCAAUAUCUCUCAAUCGGGGACUUCCUGUGGCGGGCUUUUGUUCUCUACAGGUGUGAGUCCUUCUAUGGUAUUCGUAAGGAUGUCGAGGCUGCCUUGCAAAGGUUGAAGCCCAUCUCGACAAGGCCUGGUGAAACUUCAUUCGCGGGAAACUCCCGGAUGGCUUUACCAGUCAGCAAGCCAGCGGUUGUUGAUGUGGUUCCAGCUCAAGUUGGCGAUGACGCACCCUCGUUGGUCAAGGCUGAGGUCAUCAUAGACCUACGUCGCCUUGCUGAUGGUGUGAAGAAGGAUUGGGACUCCUUGAGACCAGAUGAUGUUGUAUUCCUCUUGGCAGUCGAUGCAUCAGCUUCAAAAGAGAAUGAAAAGGGCGGACCACCUCUUGGCGAAGGUCAAAAGCAGGGGUUGCUGGCCGUUCGUACGGCCGAGGUCAUGCAAAUUGUCGAUGACCGAGGUCGAGCCGUCAGAGAUGAUGGCUUCGGGCGAGGAGCGAUCCGGAGGUUGAUCCUCAAACUCGACCCAAAAAUGUACAAGUCUGACGUUGAAGGUCCGUCGCCCGCCAAAUCAGACAUUUAUCAACGAUUUAAUGUCGUGGUUCGACGAAGCGGAAGAGAAAACAACUUCAAACCUGUCUUGGAAUCUAUCAGAAGCCUUGCCCUCACCGACGUGCCCUUGGCGUCAUGGCUACACGAGGUUUUCCUAGGCUACGGUGACCCUGCCGCAGCUACAUACAAGCUUCUUCCCAACCGGAUCAAGACUCUGGAUUACAGGGAUACAUUCCUCGAUUGGCAGCAUCUUGUUGCUAGCUUGCCUGGCAGGAUAGUGGAGCCUGGAUUUGACGUCGAGGGCAGCUUUGGGCCUCCUUACGUCCUGGAGACGGUCGACAAGCCCGAAGAAGAGGUUUCAACUAAACAGUCAAAGAAGCGACGGAGAGACGCAGAGCCUGCCCUCAUAUCCGAAGUCGAGACGCUCAAAGUCUCUACCUACAAAACGCCCAAUAAUGGACCGUACCCUGCUGACAUUCCCAAGAAGAACAAUGUUCGCUUUACCCCCGCCCAGAUUGACGCCAUCAUAUCAGGCAGUCAGCCCGGCUUGACCGUCAUCGUUGGGCCACCGGGAACCGGCAAGACCGAUGUGGCUACCCAGAUCAUCAACAACAUCUACCACAACUUUCCCGAGCAGCGGACACUGCUUAUCGCUCACAGCAACCAGGCGCUAAACCAGUUGUUCUCCAAGAUUGUUGCUCUCGACAUUGACGAGCGCCACUUGUUGCGCCUGGGACAUGGCGAGGAAGACCUUGACGCUGGGGGCAACUUUGGCAAGGCUGGACGGGUAGAGUCUUUUCUCAAAAAUCGGGACAGGUACCUGCUAGAGGUCACCAAGCUGGCCGCUAGUAUUGGUGCUCCUGGGGCCCAUGGUAACUCGGCAGAGACAGCGGGUUACUUCAACUCUGUGUAUAUUGAGCCGGCCUGGGCCAGGUUUUUGGCCUUCAUCGAAGACACGUCACUUUCUGCCGCCGAGGUUGCGGCGGCAUUUCCGUUUGCAGAUUUCUUCGCCGAUGCACCUCAGCCUCUAUUUCCUCCGGAAGCAGACCGAGAAGCAGUUUUAGACAUCAUUAACGGAUGUCACCGACACAUCUCGAGGAUGUUUGAAGAGCUGGCUGACAUCCUACCUUUCGAGAUACUUCGACGUGAGAAGGACAAGGCAAAUUACCUCCUGACCAGCGAGGCACGCAUUAUCGCAAUGACAUCUACCCAUGCCGCAAUAAGACGGGGGGAGAUUGCGUCUCUUGGAUUCAAGUACGACAACGUUGUGGUGGAGGAGGCCGCACAAAUCACGGAAAUUGAGAGUUUCAUUCCUCUGGCCAUGCAAAAACCUAAAGCUGGACACAGUGGACUUCAACGCAUAGUCCUGUGCGGCGACCACUUACAGAACUCGCCCGUGAUCCAGAAUAUGGCGUUCCGUCACUACGCCAACCUGGAACAGUCCCUUUUCUCGCGCCUCGUGCGCCUCGGGGUCCCGACAAUAACUCUAGAUCAGCAAGGACGUGCUCGGCCGUCGAUCGCCAAGCUGUACCAGUGGAGGUACAGCAAUCUCGGGAACCUGCCUCAUGUUGAGACCAGCGAUGAAUUCUUGACGGCAAACGCCGGGUUCAAGUACGAUUAUCAGUUCAUCAACGUUCUGGACUACAAGGGCAAGGGGGAGUCUGAGCCCUCGCCUCACUUCAUCCAGAACCUAGGCGAGGCCGAGUACGCAGUCGCCAUCUACCAGUAUAUGCGGCUACUUGGGUACCCGGCGGAAAAAAUCAGCAUCCUUACAACCUAUGCUGGUCAGCGUGCCCUGGUACGUGAUGUGCUGAGACAUCGGUGUGGGCGCAGUCAGAUCUUUGGACUGCCAAAGAUUGUCACCACGGUGGACAAGUACCAGGGCGAGCAGAAUGACUAUAUCAUCCUGUCACUGACCCGCACAGCGCGAGUGGGCUACCUCAGAGAUGUCCGCCGUUUGACUGUCGCCCUCUCGCGAGCUCGACUGGGUCUUUACGUUGUUGGGCGGCGGCAGGUCUUUGAGUCUUGCCCAGAGCUGCGGCAGGCAUUUGAUAUCCUUCUGCAGCGGCCCGAUAAGCUGAGCCUUGUGACAGGGGAGCUGUGGCCCUCGCAAAGGAGCCUUGCGGAUGAAGCCGACAAGGAAACUGUACCAGGAGAAGUAGUCAUGGAAGACGUGAUACACAUGGGCCAGUAUGUGUACGAAAUGACGAUGACUAAAAUGGGGCAGAUGGGCACAGGGAAGGGACUCCCAAUGUUGCAAGAAGCAAAGGAAGACGAGUCUGCAGAUGCAGUGGAAGCUCUCCCACCCCCUCCAGCAGCCUCGGAGCCAAUGGAGGUCAUCGAAGACAGGGAAGUGGAAGGAAUAGAUACGGAGCUAGAAGAUGCAGGGUUGACAGAAAAUUAA